CGCGUCCAUCAUGUCAUUCAGUAUCGCAGGCCCAGUGACGGUGCUAUCUUCGACUGUCUUGCGCCUGGCCACUUAUGUCUUUCUCCGCUGGGUCGCACCUCCUGUCAUCUUGACAGCAUUCGCUAUCUACGCGACAUCAUUCUUUUAUCAAUUCACUCACACAAGCCCAUAUGAAGUCGUAGCAGAUGAGCUUGAUAUCAUCACUAAGGACAUCAUUGAUCGCGAUGACAGUGAUGAUGAGUUGCUUGUCGAUCCCGAGACCGAAGAGCCCCUUCAGGAGAUUGAUGUCGAAGAGACCAUUGUGCUUGAAGAGAAGGAUCCCAAGGUUCUGCGCAGCCUCUUGACUGGCUUGCCAAGCCCUAGCUCUCUCUUCUGGUCUGCUGUAACCUUCUUGACUAACGUCGUUCUGCUAGCCAUGGUGGCCGAUAUGGUCUACCGUGCUCCGCUUUUCCAUCCAUCCCACAAUCUUUCCUUCGUGCGUCUCGGUCAUGUUUCGGAAAACAGCGCAAAACUUCUGGUCAGAGAGCCACGUACCUCGGAACACCCCCUGCGCAUGAGUUACAGAUACGCAGGCGAAUCCCCUGACGAUGGCUUCCGCGAUCACGAUGCUAGCUGGAAGCAUCCUUCAAACGCCAUUGAUGUUGACGAGAGCACCGACUACACAGGUGUUUUCCAUCUGACUGGACUCAGACCUGACACAACUUACCAGUACGCUGCAUCAAACAACCACACUGGCUUCUUCGUCACAGCACCCAGAAUUGGACGUACCGCCCCUCGCAAUAACGAUGUUUUCACGUUCUUGCAUUCGUCCUGUAUCAAGCCCAGAUUCCCUUACAACCCACUGCAGCACCCCCUUGAAUUCCCAGGCUUCAAACACUUGGCCAGACUCCUGCCCUCACUGAAAGCUCAUUUCAUGGUCUUCAUGGGUGAUUUCAUCUAUGCCGAUGUGCCCAAGCGGUUCGGCACCGACGCUGAGACAUACCGUAGAGAGUACCGCCAGGUGUACUCGUCACCUCAGUGGGAGUCUGUGAGUUCAGAAGCUAAGUUGCCUUGGAUCCACGUCUUGGACGACCACGAGAUUGCGAACGACUGGGACAAGAAUACUACUGGAGUUUACGAAGCUGCUGUUGAUCCGUGGCACCACUACCAAACUUCUGUCAACCCCGACCCAGUUCGUCCUGGUGCGACCUACUUCAAGUUCGAUCAGGGCCCUGCAUCCUUCUUUAUGAUCGACACUCGCCGCUACCGUCAGCCCUUCGACGGUACCGAUGGCUCCUACGACAGCGACCGAACUCAGAGUGGCUACAGGAAGAGCAUGCUUGGUGACCAACAGCUCAAGGAUCUUCUCGAUUGGCUCGCAGCUCCUGUUCCAAACGGUGUCAGAUGGAAGGUCAUGGUGUCUAGCAUCCCUUUCACCAAGAACUGGCGCUUUGGCACCGAGGACACCUGGGGUGGAUACCUUGGUGAAAGACAAAUCAUUCUCGAGGCAAUGUGGGAUGUCGGCCUUCGCGGCGGUGUUGGAGUCGUCGUCCUCAGCGGUGACAGACACGAAUUUGCUGCCACAUCUUUCCCACCACCUACGGAAGAGAAGGUCACUGGUCUAGAUACAGCUGCAGGAAAGCUAAGCACCAAGAAGUGGCCAGUCAGCGCGACGGUUCAUGAGUUCAGCGUCAGCCCUCUCAGUAUGUUCUACCUUCCAGUCCGCACAUACGAGCAGCUCGACAACGACGACGUGUGUGUUAAGUACAUGCCCGACGGCAACUCGAAGUUCGGUGCUCUCAGUAUCAGCACACCAUCUACUUCCGACCAGUCCGAACUCAAGUAUCGUCUGUUCAUCGACGGCCAGGAAGUAUGGAGCCACAAGAUUCUUACGCCUCCUGUGGUACAUGGCAGUGGUCGCGGUAAGGACGCGUUAUGGGGU